GACAGAGCAGUUGGAUGCCGUGUGCGUUAACAAUAAAUCUGCACUCAGAGUAUUUAAAAUGCUUGAAGAUGCAGUGGACGCCGGAGCAUGCCCAGUGGCCAGAACAGCACUUUGAUAUCACUUCAACCACCCGGUCUCCUGCCCACAAGGUAGAAGCCUACCGGGGGCAUCUGCAGCGCACCUAUCAAUACGCCUGGGCCAACGACGACAUCUCGGCUCUGACCGCCUCCAAUCUUUUGAAAAAGUAUGCAGAAAAAUAUUCCGGUAUUCUAGAAGGCCCUGCUGAACGGCCCAUCCUUAGCAAUUAUUCUGAAGCUCCAUCAGGGCUAGUGAACGGCCGGAAGAAUGAAAGCGAGCCCUGGCAGCCUUCGCUGAAUUCGGAGAGCGUGUAUCCCAUGAACUGUGUCCCAGAUGUUAUUACCGCCAGCAAAGCUGGUGUAAGUGCAGCCCUCCCUCCCGCAGACGUCUCUGCCAGUAUAGGGAGUUCACCUGGGGUGGCCAGUAACCUGACAGAACCCAGUUAUUCUAGCAGCACCUGUGGAAGUCAUACAGUUCCCAGUCUUCAUUCAGGGCUCCCAUCUCAGGAAUAUGCCACAGGAUACAACGGAUCUUACUUGCAUACCAGUUAUAGCGGCCAGCCAGCACCUGCACUUCCUUCCCCGCAUCCGUCCCCCUUGCAUAGCUCUGGGCUUUUACAGCCCCCACCGCCGCCACCACCACCACCAGCCCUCGUCCCAGGCUACAAUGGGACUUCUAACCUCUCCAGUUACAGCUACCCUUCUGCCAGUUAUCCUCCUCAAACCGCUGUUGGUCCUGGGUACAGCCCUGGGGGAGCACCACCUCCCUCCGCCUACCUGCCUUCAGGAAUCCCUGCUCCUACUCCUCUGCCCCCAACUACUGUACCCAGCUACUCCUACCAGGGUCAUGGUCUGACGCCCAUUGCACCAUCCGCCCUGACAAACAGUUCAGCCAGCUCUCUCAAAAGGAAAGCUUUCUACAUGGCAGGGCAAGGAGAAAUGGACUCCAGUUAUGGAAAUUACAGCUAUGGCCAACAGAGAUCUACACAGAGUCCCAUGUAUCGAAUGCCCGACAACAGCAUUUCAAAUGCAAACAGGGGGAAUGGUUUUGACAGAAGUGCUGAAACAUCAUCCUUAGCAUUUAAGCCAACAAAGCAGCUAAUGUCCUCUGAACAGCAAAGGAAAUUCAGCAGCCAGUCCAGUAGGGCUCUAACACCCCCAUCCUAUAGUACUGCUAAAAACUCACUGGGUUCGAGAUCAAGUGACUCAUUUGGGAAGUACACCUCCCCAGUAAUGAAUGAGCACGGCGAUGAGCACAGGCAGCUCCUUCCUCACCCAAUGCAAGGCCCGGGACUUCGUGCAGCUACCUCAUCCAACCACUCUGUGGACGAGCAACUGAAGAAUACUGACACGCACCUCAUUGACCUUGUUACCAAUGAGAUUAUCAACCAAGGACCUCCUGUGGACUGGAAUGACAUCGCUGGCCUAGAUCUAGUAAAGGCCGUCAUCAAAGAGGAGGUUUUAUGGCCAGUAUUGAGGUCAGAUGCAUUCAAUGGACUGACUGCUCUACCUCGGAGCAUCCUUUUGUUUGGACCUCGGGGGACAGGCAAAACAUUAAUGGGCAGAUGUAUAGCUAGUCAGUUAGGAGCCACGUUUUUCAAAAUCACUGGCUCUGGCCUUGUCACAAAGUGGCUAGGGGAAGGAGAAAAAAUUGUCCACGCUUCCUUCCUCGUGGCAAGGUGUCGCCAACCCUCGGUGAUUUUUGUUAGUGACAUUGAUAUGCUUCUUUCUUCCCAAGUGAGCGAAGAACACAGUCCAGUAAGUCGGAUGAGAACCGAGUUCCUUAUGCAGCUGGACACUGUACUGACUUCUGCUGAGGACCAAAUAGUAGUAAUUUGCGCCACAAGUAAACCAGAAGAAAUUGAUGAAUCUCUUCGAAGGUACUUCAUGAAACGACUUUUAAUCCCACUUCCUGACAGCACAGCGAGGCACCAGAUAAUAGUACAACUGCUCUCACAGCACAAUUACUGUCUCAAUGACAAGGAGGUUGCACUGCUUGUCCAGCGCACAGAAGGCUUUUCUGGACUAGAUGUGGCUCACUUGUGUCAGGAAGCAGUGGUGGGCCCACUCCACGCCAUGCCAGCCACAGACCUUUCAGCCAUUAUGCCCAGCCAGUUGAGGCCAGUUACAUAUCAAGACUUUGAAAAUGCUUUCUGCAAGAUACAGCCUAGCAUAUCUCAAAAAGAGCUUGAUACAUAUGUUGAAUGGAACAAAAUGUUUGGUUGCAGUCAGUGA